ACAUUGUGCGAGUGUGUGGAGAGGGCUCUUCCCUCGCCAGCCUCUCUCUCUCUGCUGUUGCUGCUGCUGCUGCAGUAGUCAUGGCUGCGGACGGGGUGGACGAGCGAUCGCCUCUGCUGUCAGCCCCCAGCUCGGGCAACGUGACGCCGACGGCCCCGCCGUAUUUCCCGGACAGCAGCCCAAGAGGUAAAAAACGGCGAGGGGGGGGCAGCGUCGCCCCACCUGGCUGCCCGCACCCCAAUCUCCAGGUUCCCUUUUCUACCCCAGAGGGGGAGUUUUAUUAUUAUUAUUAUUAAUUAAUUAAUACGUAUCAUUAUUUGCAUGCACGUUCGCGUCCCCCCUCAAACUCCCUCUCGCCCCGGUGCCAACUUGUGCGGGUGCAGAUCUGGUUCGCGGCUGGGGGGGGGGGUUUCGGGAGCCGCCUCUGGGGUUUCGUACCAUUGCAGGGGUCCCCCCCCGUUUCUUUCCCUGCAUAUUCAAGGAAAGACGGGGGUUUUCUUGGGGUGGUGGAGGAAUGAGUUUGCAAUGUGUGUAGCUGCGUGUCUUUUCUCUUGUGUGUCCCUCCCCUCCAUCAGCCAUGAGUAUACAUGGUUAAUGGCAAGGAAAGAAUCGAUCACGCAGGCUUCCGCACUCUUCGCGAGUUGAGUGGGGGGCCUUUCCCCCCUCUCUCUUUUGCUUAUAAGGUGUGCGGGGGAAGGAGCAGGGGGGGCAGGGCAGGCAUCGGCGGCCCACAUGGUUCUUGUGUCCUUGAGAGAAGGUUUUCCAAGAGCCUUUCAUUCAGUCCGUAUUGCUCCCCGCCUCUUCAGUUCUGCUGAUUCAGGGGGCUCUUCCCUAAAGGACAAGGUCAGGCACACCAGAGACGACUUUUGAAGCUUGGGGGGCCUCGAUCUUUGAUAUAACAUGUAAAUAUUCUCUCUCCAGCCUGUUCCCCACCCUCCGCCUUUCUUGAUUAAAUAAAAACACACGCCCAUCUCGGAGUUAGUAGGGAAAGGGCUGGCUUACAAUGUGAGAGAUGAGAGGAGAUAACGCAGCUCAAUACAAUUUAUCAAAGAUUAUGCAAGUGCCAAAAAGGCUCCACAAGGCUGGGAUGUGCCCCUGUGGCUGGGAUGCAGGCUGUGUGUGGUUUCUCAUAGAGAUUUAGCAAGCUGAAUCUGACACUUGUGCCCUUUGACCUGGAAGCACAUGCUCCCCUUCUGUAGGUACAUGGGGCUUGCCUGAUUCUCAUUUGCACUCUUCAUAUGCCCACGAGACUCAUUUUGAUCACCACUCUGCAUGUUUCGGUGUGGAGAUCAGCUAUUGAAAAUAGGUUCUGAUGUGCAAGGAUUUCCCUUUCCUUCUCUCUUUAUCUCACCCUUGCCCUUCCACUUUUUAUGAUGGUGUGUGUUGGUGAUUGCAAUGUGGUCGAAUAGAUGGUUUAAAUCACAGCUGACAUUUAUUUGCAUAACUUGAUGGCUAGCUGUAUCCUUAAGAGAGGUGAAUAGGGAGUAGGAUUUGUUUAGGCCUCACCAGAUGAUAUGUCAACAGCAAGGGUUAAGGACCUAGUAGAUCCAGGCCUCUGGUUCUGCCUUUUAUUUACUGCCAUGUCAGGGAUGGGGAAUCUAAGGCCCUCCAGACAUUGUUAGACCAUAGCUCCCAUCAUCCCUUACCACUCUCCAAGCUGACUAGGGCAGAUGGGAAUUGUAGUCCAACAGCAACUGGAUGUCCAAAGAGUCCUCGGCCCUAAUAUGUGUCUCUUACGCUCUGUAACAACCCCUAUAGUUCUGUUGUUUGGUAGGCUCUUGUUUGAAUGGUGCUUUGUGAUUAUUAUUAUUUAGUUGUAAGGCAGACUUGGAGCAGAAUGAGUAUAAUGUUUGAAAAUACAUGCGACUGCUUAAUGAGAUUAAGGGGUUAAGCCAAAAUACACAGUUAAAUUCAGGUACUGUAGCAGCAGGGUGGAUUGAUUUGCAAUCAAACUUCAGUCAUAAAUCAUCAAGAAAAACUGCCACUUUCAAGUUGUUGAUUUUAAAUUAAGGCUCCCAUCUGCACCAUGCAUUUAAAUCAUUUGGCUUCCCCCAAAGAAUCCUGGGAACUGUUAAGGGUGCUGGAAGUUUUUUUGGACAUCCUUAUUCUUCUCUCAUUUUCCAGAGUUCCCUGGGAAGGGGGAAAGAUUGUUAGCCCACUCUGGCCAUUGUAGCUGUGUGAAGGGAACAGGGGUCUCCUAACAAUUUUCAGCACCCUUAACAAACUACAGUUCCCAGGAUUUUAGAAGGGAAGUUGUGCUUUAAAUGGGCAUUGGAUGUGUUUUGAUUAUAUGUGGAUCUGCCCUGAAUGGGCUAAUCUAACCAAUUGCAACAUUUUAAUUUACUACAGAGACUGUAUCCAAAACAUGCUUCUUAGGCCUCAAAACACUCUAGUAACUAGCAAGUAAUCCUAUUGAACACAGUGGGGCUUGUCUCUGAGGAAAUGCGCAAAGGUUUGUGCUGUACUGCCCCAUCUAGGAUUAUGGUUUUCCUAUUUUGGUGGAGAAACAGCUGUAACAUGUUGUGAUACCCAUCAGAAUCCCAAAUCCCUUUCUCUUCUCCGUCAGUAAAAAAAGAAAAGAAAAAACUGCAAACUAGUUGAGACUCGACCAGGCCACAUGUUACUCAUGGAUAAUUCAGCUCCUAGAGGCAGGAAGGUGAGGGCAAGUGAGGAAAGGGAAGGCCCUUAAUCAGAAGCUUGCAAAACUUCUCAGAAUCCCUAGAAGAAGGUUGUAAAACCCUGGGUGCAAAAUACAGAUCUAAGAGAAUGUACUUCUUUUUUGUAUUGCUCCUUCCUUUUCUUAUUUAAUUUCCACUCUGCCUCCCUGAUCUCAUUCACAUCACAUCAACACAAAGCAACCAACAAUCCAAAACUUUUGCUCAUUGCAGCUCAUGUGGUUUUGCUCAUGUGUUCCUAUCUACUUAGAGGCAGAUGAAGCCCCACAUUUCUAACAGAAGCAAGGACUGGUAGUUAUUGGUCAGAGCAUUUUAUUGUCAGGAGAUAAAAUAAGAACAUCCUUUGUUGUAUGGAUAUAGAGAAUAUAUUUAUAUCAUUUGAAAAUGGAGCACACAGAAGAGUUUGUGUAGGUAAAGAACAGGGAAAUAUGGCAGAUUAUGUAGGUGAGCACUGUGGAUGUUCUUUCUAGUGAUACAUUGGAACGGGACAUAGCUCAGUGGUAGAGCAUAUGUGCAUAUUGAAGGUCUCUGUUUCAACCCCUGACAUUUCCAGUUAGGGCCUGGAGAAGUGAACCCCUCGAGAGCCACUGCCAAUCAGUGUGGACCAGUAGUUUCCAGUUAUCUAAGUGCAGGUGCCGGGAAACACCCAAAUAAACUAUAACCUGAAAUGGCGGGAGAGAGCUGGAAAGUCCUCAAGGCUCAAAAGGAGACCCUCUCCAAAGCCCAAAGAGGACGCCAGUGAGUCAAAAGUCCAGAAAAGAAGACUCCCAAGGACUCCAAAAUUACAUGCGGGAGCUCUCGUUGUUACCCAGAUUUAUUGAAUUCAGUGGGGCUAACUCCUGGGUAAGUGGAGUUAGGAUUGCAGUCUACGUUGGCAGCUAUCACCACAGCUUGUGAUAGCAAAAUUCCAUAUUUUUCACCAUGAGCUAUGUGAAAAUGCAGUUCCUCCACUUCAUUGGAUGACCUCAGGUUCUAAUAUUAUGAAAGGGGGAGAGAAGAAAACAUCUAUCUAUUAUGCUGCCUUAUUAAACUAGCCAGUUUGUUUCAAACCAGGUUUGUGAUAACCAUGCAACGCUAAGGUGGGAUUCAUUAAAAGGGAAAACCAGACUUGGCUGAAGCCCACUUCCCAGCCACAAGGGCAGAGGAGAGGGAAGUCAGGCAUAAUUUUUUAAUGUUUCUAUAAUAUUCCCUCAUAGGAGAGAUUAUUCAGCCCCCUGAUCAUUUUGCUCGGCCUUUUUUUAAUCAAGCCCAUAAUAAGGAAAUAGGACAUGGCCUCUUGAUAUAGCAUAUGACCUCCUAGUGCCUCGUUUAAAAUGCUUGACCUCAAAUAUAUAUUUUUCCAUGAAUAUUUAUUUUCACAGAAAAGCGCCUUUGUGUUUGAUUGAAGGCUGAGAUUCAGUUAAGAGAUGAUGACUAUUGAAUCAUGUAUUAGCGCCACAAGAGCAAGCCUGCAUGAGCCUGGGCUCACCCAAUUCCCUCUCCUCUGUCCUUGUGGCUGGGAAGUGGGCUUCAGCCAAGUCUGGUUUCCCUUUUAAUGAAUCCCAGCUUAGCAUUGCAUGGUAGUCACAAACCUGGUUUGAAACAAACUGGCUAGUUUAACAAGGCGGCAUCACAAGCCAUAGUUUGACGUGGGCUUGUUAUGAAACAUGGCAGAGUUUGUUUUAAACCAGUAUCCCUGGUUCAAGCAUAACCCUAAACUAGGAUUUUAGCAAAAGUGAAAGUAACUCUUCUGAAAUCCACCUUGUGUCUGCAUGGAAGGAGGGAGCAUACAAGUUCGAUGCUUUGCUCAGGCUUGGCAAUAUAAUGUUGUGUAUACAGUAUUCACCAGCAGUAUUGAUAAGAGAAAACAGUAUUCAGAUUUCAUGUAAUUUAGGCUGCAGUCCUAACGCCAUUUACCUAGGAAUAAGCCCCAAUGAAGUAAACCUACUUCUGAGUAGACGUGGUUAGGACUGCAUUUUUCCCCUAAUGAGAGAUGUAGAAUAUACAGUGGUGCCUCGCAAGACGAAAUUAAUUCGUUCCACGAGUUUUUUCGUCUAGCGAAUUUUUCGUCUUGCGAAGCACAAAAUCCCAUAGGAAUGCAUUGAAAUUCAAUUAAUGCGUUCCUAUGGUCAAAAAAAGUCCAAACAAAGCCAAAUUUGGUACAACAAGAGUUUAUUAAGUGCUCUUUAAAGUCACACAUACUGUAAAGAGCAUUUCAAAAAUUGAAGGAACAGUAAAUUCAAAAAUUGAAGGAACAAUAAAAAUCAGAAAAAUUCAGAAAAAAACCACACAAGCUCCCAGAUUCUUGCAAACCCCUCCUCAACUGUUCCCCCAGCCACCCACCACACAGAAAUUCAAACCCAGAAUUUUUUUUAAAAAAAACAGCAGAGUGGCCCAAUGGUCACAAAAAAUCAUAAAAAUGCAGAAAAAAACCACACAAGCUUCCAGAUUCUUGCAAACCCCUCCCCAACACCAAGUCCUUGAAUUCCAAACACCCCAACCCAAAAUCCAAAACCCCCCAAAAAGUUUUAAAGUUUAACUUACCAAAUGGCUGCAAAAGAAGUUUUGGAAAAGCUUCAAAAAUUGCCAAAGUCUUCAAAAACCUCAAAAAAAGGCUACCACACUGCGUGCUAUGAGUUGCUCCUCGAAGUCAAGUCGCAACUGCACCUCUUCAAGCAAUGCACCUUGGGUUUUAAGGGUUUUACGAAAAAGGAAACAAACUUGCAAGACGUUUUCGUCUUGCGAAGCAAGCCCAUAGGGAAAUUCGUCUUGCGAAGCAGCUCAAAAACCGCAAAACCCUUUCGUCUAGCGAGUUUUUCGUCUUGCGAGGCAUUCGUCUUGCGGGGCACCACUGUAUAAAGUUUUUUAAAAAACAAAUAAAUAAAUAUGGUUUAAGUCACCUAAAACAUGCAUUUAAAAUGAUGACCUUCAAAAUAUUUUUAGGAACCCUAAAGUACAAAGAAAAUCCUGUGGCACAUAAUAGCACUCCAACUAAAUGAGGCUGUAAACCUGCAGAAUGUGAUCUGGCAGCAACACAAAAGUGAACCUUCCCUAUAGCGGUGCCAACUUCUGGAAUGCUCUCCUUUCUGUGAUUUGGGAGUGCACCCAAAUUUCAUUAAAAACUCAUUUGUUUGUUCAGACAUUCUCUGACUAGUACAUUGAUUCUGCUACACUAUACCAUUAAUGAUACCCAUAACACUUUUUUUUUAUAAAAAAAAAGUGAGAUGGUUUUAAUGCAGUUUUGUUUCUAUCUCUGUAAACUGCUUUGAGAUUUAAUUGUAAUGGCAAGCUGUAUAAAAAAAACCCUAUCUAAAGAAAUAACCCUCACAAUCUUCAACAGAUAGGAAAGAUGAAAGCCACACUUAGUUCACUAUUUGGCUGCAUAUUUGACAAGUAAGUACUUGUGGUGUGGUCAAGCCAAAGUGAAGUACUUGAAAAACUACAUGUGCUGAAAUCUGGGCAGCUUGAAAAGUGCUAAAUGUUAGCUGGAUAAUGCCCUUAGUGAUUUCAGACAACAAGACAAGAAAAAAACACAUAAGCUUCCUUCUUACUAGGAAGCACAUGAAUACAUUUUUAAUACUUAGCAUUUAAAUAAAUAUAGGACAGUAGCAUUCAGUGUUAACAGGACAUUCCAGAGACAAGAAGUGUGUGUUGGUAAACACUGGACACUAACAUACUUCUUGUGGGAAAUCACUGUCAAACAUUACUAUGCAUGAGUGCUAGUUAGUGCAUGAAAGGGUUAAGACCAGAGAGGUCUGUUCCUAGACUCAGCUAGGUCACAUCCCCUUACCUCUGUGAGGGAGGAAGUGAAGCUGCUUCUCUUCCUUUCUGUCACUCUCUUCCAGCCAUGUAAUCGAUCAGGGCGGAUGUGUCUGAACCAGCUCCAGAUUUCAGACCAAAUGUCUGAAACUAUAUUCAGUAUUUUGUAUUCCUUGUUUCUUCAUGGAAUAACACAUGAACCAGACAUUUGGAUUUAGUAAGUAAAGCUUUUUAACUUACUCAACAGUGUGUGCGUUCUGAUCAUUGCUAGAUAGGUAAAGAGAGGGGACAAGAAUUGUAAGCAAACUAAAAGGGAUAUGUGAAAGGGUUCAACAACCUAUAUCCCAAGCUAUGCUGCUGGUUAAGAGAGUGUUUCUAACACUGCUGAGGGAUCUCUCACACUCUCAGAGUGUACAAAGUCCCAUGUUUUGAAUCUAGGCACCCAGCUGAUACUUUUGUUAAUUACUCACAUGUGGGUGAGAUCUUUUUCCACUUCCACAUUUCUGACGUAUAAUUACAAAGCAGCUCUUUGCUUUGGCAUGAACAUGAACACUAGAUUCUACAGUCCUGUAUCUCUUCAUCUUCUAAUAGUUGUUCUUUUAGGAAAUGAGUUUAAUGUACGUUUUUAUGUUGUGAACCUAUUUCAGAUUUUCUUCACACUAAGCAGUAUAACAGAUAUUUUAAAUAAUAAAAGUUAUUGCCAACUUUAGAAAUGGAUUCCCAAAUUAAUGAACUUAAAUGUGUGAAUAAAGGAUAAGAAAUGAUAAACAAUGAAACUGGUCAGAGCAUAUGCAAAAAGCCUUCCUCAUUAAUAUCAAUGACAGGGGUGGAGUUUUGCACGGAUAAUGAAGUGAACAUGUGGCGCUGCCAUUGAUAAUAAAGUGAGGAAGUCUGAGCACAUGGUGUGGAGGUUCCUUCUGUGCAACGAGACGAUAAAUCUUUGGAUGUGAGAAGUGAUGAGGAACGUGUGACAUCUCAGAUGUUGGACAUCCACAAGGAUCUGUGCUUGAAUCAAAGUAUUUGUGGUGCUGACAAGAACUAUGUGGUUUUUACUGGACAGCCUACCAGUGUAAUACUUUGUCUGAUGGUGCAUAUUUUGGCUUCCCAUGUAAAAUCAUGCCAAUUCAAGAAGAUCCAUUUUAAGACUACUGGAUCUGACUUCUACCCAGAGAUCAUGGAUAAGUUACAAGUGUGUGUGUGUGCAUGUGUGUGUGCUUUCUGACCAUCAAGAAAGGGGAGUGUGAUUCAGGAGAUGGGGGAAAGACACAACCAGAGAGGGUGGUGCCCAAAGCACAAUCUCAAAUUCCAAAUGUGUUCACUUCACCGGCCUAAAAAGUGGCAAACCCAUCUGGCCUUACUGCUUUUGGCACUCAUACAAAGCCACCACUUAAAAUCAAGUGGGGGACUGCUUGCCCCCUGCCCAUGUCCUGUGUUGUUCUGAGGGUCCCCCAACCCUCUGGAGUGGAUUUCUGUGGUGCACAGGAGGACACAGUGGGACAGGAGGUAAGAAGUGUCCAUUGCAUGAGUGAAAAUCUGCUCAGGGAAGUUAAGAUCCAAGUCAGUAGCUAGUCCAAAGAGCUUUAUAACUUGACAACAUAUUUGAACCCGUCCCCGCUACCUGCCCAGAGCUCCAUCCAUUACAACAUCAUAUAGAAUGGGGUUAGCUUCCGGUUUCCCUAGCUGAAGACUAGGUGUAGGAUGCUAGGAGUGUUCUGUAUUUAAUAAAUUCAUGUAAUUCGUGCACGAGGUACUGAAGUUUGUCUUGAUUUAUGUACAAUUUUAAAAGCAAGCCCAAGUGACUAGCUGAAAGACUUCUUGCUAAAUAGGGCUCUGCAGCCUUGCUCAGUUAAUACAAAGCAAUUGUGCCACAUGGUUAACUGUACACAAAAGAGACACUUCAAAACAAAUUAUACUGAAGACAGAAUCUGUGGGAUCAGUUGAGUGUUCUCAUUUUUCAAAAACGAAAAGCUUGCAUAUGCUUUCUUCGCCUAGAUGUCAACACUUGUGUCAAGGCUGUGGUUUCUCUGUAGCCAUUUCGAAUUCUCCUGAGCAGUGAAUGUAUCUAGUGGCCUUGAUUGCAGAAGCCUUGUCUCUGUGUGUUCUGAUAAUAAGAUUGCUAAUUAUUUUAAUGGAAGCCUGUCAGAGCUGGCAUACAGAUGCUAACCUGCUUCAUUCCAGUAUCUCCUUUUCAAAAUGCCGCUGUUAGUGUAAUGAGUUCUGCCUUGUCAGAAGAAUGAGAUUGUCCACAUGCAUUUUCUUUAAGCAGAGAUCCUGCUGAUAGUGAUGUGUCUUCCUGCAGCUGAGCAUACCUGUGUACCUGUGGAGAAUAGGUGGUGAUAAUGGAGAACUAGUGAUAACUAUCUAUGGCCACCGGAUAGUAACAGGUAGACCAUGCUAUGCUUUACACUAAUUUAAUAUUUUAAUUGUUGGCAUUUACAUCUGCCACAUUCCCCCCCUUUCAUCAAAAUGGGAAUCUAUAGUAUCCCACUCAUGUAUCAUGUGAUUCCACCUAAUCAAGGACCAUUCCUCUUGUUAUUGCUGAUUAAAUUGCCACUCUGGUGUGGUUCCGGCCUGGGUAGAAUUUUGGAAUACUAUUCUUGAAAACACUGGGUUCUUCUGAACAUAAAUCAAAGAAGAAUAUAGGUGUUUUGUAUCUUCCAUCCUUGGCUUCAUAUUUGACCAAGGAUGAAAAUGUGCAUCCAUUAUUUAAUUGGAUCUAAGAUAAAAAGAAGCAGAGUUUUGGUUUUACUUCUUGCUUGACCUAAUUAUCUCCUACCUCCCCUGAUUGACGUCGAUAAGCAGCUAUAAAUCUCUCAAUGUUAGUGCCAAUGGUAUGAAUCAAACUUUAUUACUUCAAGGAUGCUGGAAAGGCUUGUAGCUUGUAAAACUAACAAGACUUACUGGAAAUAACCAGAAAGCAGGAACAAAAGAAAGAGUUUUAUGCACAUUUCAUCCCUGCCAGUAUAUUCUCUACUGAAUAAUACAUCGACCCAUCUUUAUGUCUCAGGUUACUGGUAAAUCUUGAUUUAUGUUCCAGGAAGUGUAUGAAACAGUGGCAGGAUCCUUUACUAACCUAGCUUCUACUUCUGUUUACUUGUUUGUCCUAAUAAACUCCUGAAGUGCUACUAACUUGGUGUUGGAGAUCCUCUAUAUGCAUGUUUUACAAGGUUCUUGUAAGCUUGUGCUCACCUUUUGCCCAGUUCACAAUGCACCUUGCUUGACUAAGCUAAAUGCCACUGUUGCCUCCACUACUUCUGAAGGAAACCAGGUUUCCAUGUAUCGUAACAUGUACAGUAGGACCAGAUGGAGAGUGACCUGGUUCACAUGUUAUACUUACCAUGACCACAUGGAUGUGCUGGCUCCUGGAGAGGAACUUGCACCUGUCUACUUUGGCCUCUCUGGGCGUUUUAGCUCUGCUCAGUGAGGCAGCUAUGCCAUGUCCGGCUUAGCAUGUUUUCUGAAAUGCGGAUCAUGGUGAUGCUCUCUUCUUAAUCAUGAUCUGAAGCCAAGGUCUGUCCUAUGGUUAUAGGUCAUGGUUAAGUAGGAGAGAUCUUAAGCAUGAUCACAGGCAGGUGGGGAAAGAUGGCAGGGCAAAGAGGGCGAGGCAUUGUCUGUUUGCCUCCACUCACCUGUAUUUCCCAGUUUGAUGGGCCUGCAACAGCCUCUCCCCUUGAGCCAGAAAGCAAAAAGACUCCUUCCUCCCUGUCAGCCUGGAUAGCUCAGUUGGUUAGAGUAUGGUGCUGAUAAUGCCAAGGUUGGAAGUUCAACCCCUGUAUGGGGCAGCUGCAUAUUCCUGCAUGGUAGGGGGUUGGACUAGAUGAUCCACAGGUUCCCUUCCAGCUCCGUGAUUUCAUGAUUCUAUGACUUGGCUGUGCAGAAAUGUCUUUGAGAAGGGCUGCCACUGUUGCCCCUUGGCUCAAGUUAGGAAUUGCCUGGUGGAAACUUUUUGGACUAUAUUUGGAUUCUUCCAAGACAUCAAGCGCUGGAGAAGUUUUGAACAUAUUUUGAUGAAUGUAGCUCUUCCCCCUAUUUUACACAAUCUGCAAUAUGCCAUAAAUUGCUCAGGUGGAUUUCUUUAGGCUUUAAUACUAUCAGAGGUCAACAUACUUUUCUGAUAACUUUUAUUGCCCUAUUCUGUAGAAAUGGGCACCUGGGAAUCCAAGCUAAGGUGAAGAAUACUUUCUUCAGCCUUCUCCAGCUGGCACAUCUUUGGGUCUCUCUAUGCCAAUUUUGGUGACUUGCAAAAACAGUUGUUGGUAAACACAGUCGCUGAGUGUAGGCGGAUACUUUUGAUGUCUCACAUAAGAGACACUUUUCUGUGCAUGCAGAAUUUAGAUUUCUGAGAAAUGUAGUGUCCUCUUGAUGAAGAAAGGGCUGUAGCUUAGUGGUAGAAUUCGGUCCCAGAUUAAAUCUCUGACCUAUCCAAUUACAUUUUUAAAAGCAUCUUAGUAGAGACGGGAAAGAUCUCUGCCCAAGUCCCUGGAAAGCUGCUUUGAAUCAGAGCAGAGACAAUACUUAGCCUGCUGUUCCAAUGGCUUUGCGAAUAUAGUCCCUAUCCCUUAUGAAAAAUAUCCACAUGCAGGAAAGACUCAAGUGCCGAAACCAGAACAGAGCAUGAACAUGAAGAAAUGUAGACAGUCAGCUGUGGUGCAUGUACCUGAUGAAGUAAACUUUAGUUCACAAAAGCUUAUGCCAUGUCAACAUGUUAGUCUUUAAGGUGCCACAAAACUUUGUUGUGCUUGAGACUAUCUGUGACACAUUGGUAGGAGGGCACAGAGGUUAAGUUUCCCUGCCUUUAUCUGUUGGUACAAUUAGCUCCAGUCUGUACAGGGAGAACUUGUAGGAAUCAAAUCCCCACCCCAAGAGUAUGGCUAGAGUGCAUCUUUCUAGUGAUGUAUGAAAAUAACUUGAGUUUUCUGUUCUCAGGGUUGGAUGCUACCAGUUAAGUUAUAGUUUGAUUCAUGUGGAUAUCAUGUCAGUUGCUGGAGAAGCAGUUAUAACAUCCCAUGAUACCUUCAGCAGAAGCUGCCAAAGACUCAUCAAAGCUGUUCAUUGUGAGAACAUCUCCUUUCCGAAAGCCCUUGUGUUGUGCUUAUUGAUGCUGUUCCUCAUUUUAGACCUUAAUCUGUGGUAAAUAUGUAGUCUGUAUAAUUAUUAAGCAUUGGCAAUGUACCUGAACCUAUACAGAACUUUAAAUUGACAUAGAGGGCUUAUAGUUGACCUGUGCAUCUUCCUGAAGGGUUGGUCUGAUAGCUCUGGGUGUAUGACUGACCUUUCCUAGCAAGGUGCUGUAUUAUAAUCAAUUGCUCCUCUUUCUGUUCCUUGUGAUUUACACCUUAGACAAAUCUUCACAAAUGCAUUUGAAGCUGGCAAGCAAAUUCUCCAGAAUAUAAAGGACCUGUUUUUGUAAAGGAGGUUAGAACAAAGGUUUUGUAGGAGAAGUGAAAAGUCAGUUAUGUUUGGGGAAAACAUUGCAUAGGGCAGAGGGAUGAAGGGCUUUAAACUGCGUACAGUAAGAAGGAAGGGCUGUUUGGGAAACAGUGAAGUUUGUAAGGAGGGUUAGCAAGAAAAGCUUGGAAGACUAUUUUUGGUAUAAGAACAAUCAAAUAUAUGUCUGGAAAGCAGGCACUGGAGUGAAUGAGAGGCACAGUUGGCAGAGCCCUAGGGAGGAAGGAGACGUCAAGGGUCUUGGACAGAACCGCACACAAAGCCUAGUAACAGGAACAUUUUGUACUGUGGGCAGUUUACCCCCCGCUCAAUCUCAUUUCACUUUUAAGUUGUAUACCGCCUUUCUCUAUUACUAUUAACAAGCCGGUUUACAACGACAAAAUAUACAACGAAGAUCAUCCACCUUACAAUAAUCUGAUCCAAUACAAUAAGGUCAUAAUAAAAACAUAACCUUAACAUAAACUCCGCUGGGAGGACUCAGCAGGCUUUGCUCUUGUGUCCAUGAUUAUCUGCGGGGUCUGGAUGGACUUUGCAGGUCAGGUUGGAGCUCCAGGAACACACAAUUCACUUGUAGCCCUACAGAAAGGAAAAACUCUGGUGUAUUGAAACCCUUGCAUGCCCUCUGAUUUUCCCCAUGCUCAGUUGUAAACUUAUAUUUUACUCAUUGUUCUUCUAUUUUUUAAAAUUUAUUUGUUGAUAUCGUGAUACAUAUGUGAAAUAUUUACAUAGUAUUGUUCUAUAUAUUUGGUGGGGUGGUGGUGAUGAUGGCAAGCAUUAUAAAAUCUAGGCUUCUUUUUCUAAUUUCCUAUCAGAGUCUACAAUGCUAUGUUGCAUCACAGGUUUGUUUGUUUUUAUUAACCAUUUUUGAUAUUAAGAACGGAAUUAAUGUUUGCCUCCUGUACCUAGCCCUUCAGUAGUCCAACUGCCUCCCUGCUUGUAACUGUUUACAGUAUUGCAGAAAUGCUUGCAGUGUUACUGGAGCUGUUCUGUCACAUCAUAUUGCUUUCCGGCUUAGUGAUGGGAUGUCCUUGCAGCUCCUAUAUUCUCAUGCCCUAGUUUUGUAACCACAUGUGGUAUGCAACUUGGUGGAGAAAAAGAAGCUGCUUCAGCCAUUCAAGUAAAUGGAGGGGAAAGGGUGGUUUAAGGUACUGUAAUAAUAUACCUUUGUGAUACAAGGAGUUGGAAAUGCAGUGAGAAAUGCUCAGGAGUUUAUUCCUGAUAGCAUAUUCAAAUGAUCAGAAAAAGGACAUAGUUCACUCUUCUUGGGACAGUAUGAGUUCAGAAUGGAAGAUCAUACACUAGCUUUUUUUGUUACCUGUGAUUAUUUUUGUGGAAGAAAAGCCAUAUUUAUUUUACCAAAAAAAUCUUUGUUUUGUUCUCAAUUGGGGUACAAGCCAGGAGGGAAAAAACACACGUUUGCAUUUCUUCUUCUUAGAUUUAGCUCAGGGGAGAGCAAGGGAGCACUUUGGUACCAUGACAUGCCUUCAACAAGGCUAUUUGAUUUCCGAACUGCCAUUUAAUUUGAGAGCUGGGAGGAAGAGUUGAAAUUUAAAUAGGAGAUGAAUUAAUCAUCUGUGAGAUGUUACUCAUUCUGCCUUAAGAGUAAUUUGGCUUAGUCUGCUCGCUUUCGCCUUGCACUUCCUUUUGCCGAGAUUGAUAGGGAACUGAGAGGACUACUUUAGUCCCUGUUGUACUUUAUCUCAAGUGAAACAAUGUCUUGAUUUCAGCAGUUGUCUGUUCCUUGAUUAAAAGGUGUUGUUUGGCAUAAUGGACAAGUGGGUUAUCUGCAAGGUUGGUGUUAUCUAUUAGUUUAAUGUUGCCUGUGCAACUGCAUGUUGGACACUCAGGACAGACCAAAGGAAGCACGUACUUAACACAGCACAGUUAAACUAUGGAACUCACUAGCACAAUAAGUAGUCGUGGCCACCAACACGAAUGCCUUUAAAAGGGGUUUACACAAAUUUGCAGAAAAUAAGGUUAUCAGUGGCUGAUAGCUUGUAUCUUGCUUGUGAAGAAGUGGUGAAAGUGUUAUUGCACUCCUAUCCUGCUUACAGACUUCCCACAGACAUUUAGCUGGACACUGCGUGUAGGAAGAAGAUGCUGAACUUGCUGGGCUUAUAGUCUGAUCCAGCAGUGCUCUUCUUACAUUCUUAUGAUGCUUUGCCUUUCAUUUUAUUGCUAGGAUUAUUCUCCAACCCUUUCACGUGUUUGCUUAUUCUGAUGCAUUUUACUUUUCAUCCUUUCCUUGCAGCAGAACUCCCGCCACCGUAUACCGCCAUUGCCAGCCCAGAUGCCAGUGGCAUUCCUGUAAUAAAUUGCCGUGUGUGCCAGUCAUUAAUCAAUUUGGAAGGGAAGCUUCACCAGCAUGUUGUCAAAUGCACAGAUUGCAAUGAAGCUACGGUAAAUGACUUUGCGGGCUUCUCGCUCUCGUGACAUGUUUUAUUAUGCCCUUUCACAAUAGAAGAGACUCACAUCGGUGUGACUGCUCAGCAGCUGAGAAUUAGCAUGCAGUAUGAGGAUCAUUUGGAUGCAAGGAAAGCCACUUUGAGUAGAAAACAGUAACCAGAUGAUGAUGUAACUAAUUCAUAGACGCUACACUUAUGGAGAUAGUAGUUCCCAUGGCCUAUAAUUAAGUCCGGAAUGAGUAGCUUCUCUAUUUGCAGUCCAGUCCAGGUGUGGUCAGUUUCUGUAUUCUGCAGUGCUUUAUGCAGAUCUUAUAGUUUGCCAAAUCACCAUUUUAAGAGCGUAAAAUCCUGACUGCCUACUAUUAUCACUAAAAUGUAAGAGAAAGAAAAAAGAGCAUCUUCCACUCACUCGUAUUAACAAUAAAAAAUAAUUCAUCAGUCCUGGCUUAAACAUGCACAUUAAUAUAUGCAGUCCAUAUGUCCAAAUAGAUAGCCAAACAAGAAUGACAAUUAGAAGAUGCACUUUCAGAUACAGAAAGGGAAGUGAGAUCUUUGGACCGCUGGGUAAUAGAUGGUGGACCUCUCUUUUUUCUACUGUGUGUGUGAUGGUGGGAAUUAAAAUUAACUUGCUUACAUUUCUAUCUUUAAAUACAAAAAACCUGGUUAUAAUGGAAAUAUAAAAACAUUAAAAUAAGUGCACCCAGUCCAUAAACUUUCUGUACUAACACAUAACUGGCUACUGCUGGUCCAGCCCUUUGACACGUAAGGCAGUAUUCGAUGCACUUGUUCUGUUGGGACAAGGAUUUACACUUGUGCAACAAAACUCCCUUUCCCCCUCAUCCUGUGCACAGCCUCCCCAAAUCUGCUCCAGAGGGUUGGGGAAAACCCCAGAGCAGAUUUAGUGGGAGUUGUGUAUGCAGGGAAGUUCUGUUUAACAAGCAUAAAUCCUUCCUGUAGUGGAGAUAUUUCGCACAGCUUUGAAUGCAAUCCAUAAUGCUUAUGUGUAAGUUAUGCUCAUGUGGCUGGCAUGUGCACCUGUAGAUAGGAUUAUAAUCUUUGUUACUGUUUUUGAAGUUUGCUUAAAUUUUUAUUGCUUUUAUUUAAUUGCUUUUGUUUUGUCCAGCACUUCCUUUAACUUGUAAUUAAAGUACUAUUGGUAUGUAAGGAUAUAUAUGCUUGUGUAACAACUGUUUUCAUGUGAUUUGUAUCUAAUAGUACCAUAAACAGCUUGUGGAGUCCAAAGAUCAUCCUGUGCUCUGUCCAUCCCCAGUGGCAUGCUGCCUGUGGUUUAUUUUUUAAACAUAGAAGUACAUUUUUUUUUAACUUCGUGCAGUCUGUUUUUCUUUUCUUAGCAGAAUACUGUAAUGUCCUGCAUGCCAGCUAUUGCCCUAACACUUCCCUCCCACUGUUGCAGUUUUUUUUCCUAUUGACUUUUUAAACCGGAUUGUUCAUAUCCCAUGCCCUCUUCCACCUUGACUAAUAUUCAUCACAUUUCUGUUUUUUCCUCUCCCUAACACUGAAAUGGCCCAAUAAGUGGUGGAAUCCUCCCUUUGGCCCCCUCUAUUUCAGCCUUGUAAAAUCUAUCAUUUCUGCACAUUUAGUUUUUGCCUAGUCUCAAGAUUGCACUCAACACUAAAGAGUGAAUGAAGAACAAAAAGAAAGUAAAAGAAAUGUAAAAAGUGUUCUAACAAAUAGGUGUUGGCACAGACCUGCCUUAAAUUAUUUGAAAUAUCACCAUGCUAGAAUCAGUUGUUAUGCCUUGAAUAUCUAUGUAGUCUUCCACCUUGAGUUUUAACUUUUCUGUCAGUCUGUUUAAUCACUGUAGAAUAUUUUUCUUUUGACAGUCGGUACAUUAUAUAUGUAAUUGCUUUUUCUUGUUUUGUGUAGCCAAUCAAAAACCCUCCUUCAGGGAAAAAGUAUGUUAGAUGUCCGUGUAAUUGUCUGCUUAUCUGUAAGGAUACGUCACGGAGGAUAGGAUGUCCAAGACCCAACUGGUAAGGGCAAACCAAAUUAUAAUUUGCUUUUUCUCUUUGGUUUUUCACACACACAAAAUGGUCUGACUGUUGUGAUAUAAAUAGUAUAAGGAAUAUAAAAAAAAGAAUAUUGCCUCUGGCUAUUUCUCUGUUUAAUGUUUCACAUAAAUUUGUGGCUGCUAACCUCUGCAGAACUAAAUCAAUCUUUACCAAGGACAAAGAAGAAAAAUAACUUCUGCUUCUACUGUGCUAGAGAUCAUGGGAAAGACAGAAAGAUGGAUGCCUCUUGCACGAGAUAAAAGGCAAAAACAUCAUAUUUGAUAUUAGGAAUGGAACAAGUAAAGAAGUGGCUGCAAAGGAACCAUUGGGUGCAUUUAAACCGCACACCCAAUGGUUUCUUAGCUGGUGGGGCUUGCAUUUGGCACAUUUUUUUUAUUUUGUACCAAUUACAUGCCCCGCUGGGAUUGCCUUACUGAGGAAACUUAUGAAAUUAGGGGCUGCAAUUGGCACCAGUUGCACUCAUUGUCACUGGCUGCAGCUGCUGCUGGGAUUCACUGCACUCCAGAGUGCCUGGUCAGGAGCACGCCCCCCCCCCCCCCGGUGUAGCCAGUCCCUGCCACCCUGGGGGUGGUUGUCAGUGCUGAUCAGCUGAUUGGCCCUGACUGCUGCACCUGCUGAGACUGUUUGCAGGGGUGUUUUUUGCAGACCAGCUAGGUACUUCUGUGGGAAACUGCUAGAUACACAGCUAUUACAGUAUCGUUACUGCCUAACAACUACAAAUAACCCAUCUUUUCUCCAGUAAACACUUCUUACGUACUGAAUGUAGUCAGAUUGAUUUAAUACUAAUUUUAUUCUUUAUAACACAGCAGUAGUAAGACCUCUCUUUGUAAUAGGCAGUAAUGGUGCAAGUCUAGGAAUGUUUGUUCAGAAAUAAUUUUCAAUAUAUUCAGUAGAGUUUUGGUCCCAAGUGUUUAGUAUUGCAGUAAAUCAAAAUGAAGAAGCGUAGGAAAGAGGAGGGUACUUCAGUAUAUCCAGGAGAAACACAAUAAGCCAAUGUAUUAGUGCACACUGCUGUUUUAUGGAAUGCCUAAUCCUAUAUUGUGUUGGUAUAGGAGCAGCAGAACAUAGGAUGUAUGUUAGGAGCCCCAGUUCAGAACUGUGUAACACCUUACUCCCUACUUCCAGCAGUAGGAGCCUCUGUCUCUUCCUGCGCCAAGGACUGCACUAGUUAUUGAUGCUGACACACUGAUGACAUUUGGGGAAACAGUGGGGCUCUGUACUGCGCCAAAGUACCCAUUUGCCUCUACAAACAAUGCAUCCAAGUGCUUGAGAAAGGGUUCAGCCAAGGAGUAGAAUGGUGGCUUAUCUGUGUAAUGGUAUGGAGCUUAGACAGUGCAUACAUUGCUGCUUUAGUUUUGUGGCCAUUCAAAUUACAAAGUGAUAGGGUUGCUUGAGAAAGACUGGCUUCAAGGCAAUGUAUUCAACUUAGAUAUCAGUGCCUAGUGAGCAAGGUGAUAUAUUUGAGGACUAAUGCAUAAAGUAUGCAUCUCUACAACAAAGGUUUGUAUUGUAACCUUAUCAGUUUUGCCUUAUCUGUUUUGUAUCUUAAAAUGUUGCUUGGGGUUUGAUGUUAGAACAGGCCCAUUUUAGGUGGGCCAAAUCGGAACAAGCUUUCAUUGUUGAAGAUAUAUGGCUAGGGAAUACCUUUUUUCUGUGCUGUAUACAAUGACAUGAUGGGUUUACUUUUCUCCAUACAGUAGGCGAAUCAUUAAUCUUGGUCCAGUUAUGUUGAUUCCAGAGGAGCAGCCAGCACAGCCUGCAAUUCCUGUUCAGCCAGAAGGCACUAGAGUGGUGUGUGGGCACUGUGGAAAUACAUUCCUGGUAAGUAGAGUCCAAAUACCUUAUACGUGAGGCAUCACUAUUUGCCCUCAAAGAACCAACUCAUUUUUGUCAAGCAUUGGCUUCGUAACUCCCUUAGGAUAUUCAGUCUAUGUUUUAGUUUUCUCUUCUGCCAGUUGCCAGAGCUGGUCUUAAUGUCUGGGGUGGUUCCCUAAUAAAAUGUUAGCUUUUCAUCUAAGAAUAUGGUUUUUCUUCUGUCUAGAAGGAGAUGUUCAACAUUGGCAUGUUCAGGUAAAAUAAUUAGGCUGCAGAUAAUGUUAAAGUCCUCUCCAUAAGCUACUGGCAGUCCGUGUAGACUAUAAUGGGCUAUUAGAUCGACAAAUAGUUUGACUUGGUUUAAGAUCUCGUCUGAUGUUAAGACUUUAAACAAUUUCCUUAAUCAUGCCAUGUUUAGUUUCUGGUAACUUUCUUCAGUUGCCCUUUCCUCUUGAGACCAUUCUCUGCGGAAAACAUUGCAGACAAAAGGGGGUGAUCUUGAUCAAUGCUUGAAGUUGGAAGAAAAAGGAAGUGGGAUGGUUUUGAUUUCUAUUAGACCAAACUUAAAUUUAGCCUGUUUUCCAUUAACCAUCUUUAACUGCAUAAGCUGUCUGCUAACAAGUUUGAAUUAGUGCAUUCACACUUCGAUAACUUACUAAUUAUUUCCAUCAUUACCAUGAAAAGAACAGAGUUGCUAUAAAGGAAGUUAACACCAUAAAUGUAUAUGGCACAAUAUUGGGCAUCACGAGACAUAAUAUUAGGUGUGCUGUACCAUCAAAAAGUUUUUAGAUAUUUGUAUUAUGGAAUUACCUGCACUUAAAUGCCACAGAGGCAGGGCAAGAACUGUAGUCUGCAUGAUGAUGUCCCUUACCCAACCAUUGUUUUAUAUUAAUUGUCUGCAUAUGACAUUAAGGUAUGCUGGGCAUCGUUUGCCCAAAACAGCCUGGCACGCCUAAUUCGGCCCAUGGACUGAAGGUUGCCCAUCACUGGUUUAAUGUGAAUAAGCUGUAUGCUGCUCAAAAGUUCCUGUGGCACUCCUCUCUUGCUCCAGCUGCUAACACACCACAGGCAAAACAAGUUAAGACUCUGGCUACCAUGUUGUCUGAGCCCAGAUUUGUGAAGCUGAAAGUUGGAAGAUUCAGGACAAACAGAAGGAGGUGCUUCUUAUACACUGCAUAGUUAAGCUAUGGCAUUUGCUCUUCCAAGGUGUAAGUAAGGAUGGCCAACAAUGUGAAAUGCUUUAAAUCGGGAUUAGACAAAUUCAUGGAGCAAAAGACUAUUGUUGUAUACUACCUCCAGGAUCUGGGGAAGUGUGCUUCUGUAUACCAGUUGCCAGAAAUCAGAUGGCAAUAUUGCUGUUGCACUCAGGUAUAGCUUGUAGUCUUCCCUUUGGUUGGCCACAGUGAGAACAGGAUGCGGGACUAAAUAGGCCUUUGGUAUGAUUCAGCAGAGUUCUUAUAUCGUUCUAUUGGUGCUAAUAGCAGGUUCAGUAGGUUUUUUUCCCAUUGGGACUGCAGUUUUGAGCGAAAAGGUCCUGAUCUAAGCCGGAGGCCACAUGGUUUUUUAAAUAAACAUACCAAUUGGAGGAUGAAGUACCAACUAAGGAGUACCAACAAUAUAAUCCUAGGGGGGUGCAUGUGUCUAGUUUCGAAAGAAGAGUAAUAGCUGCAUUAGUGACAUGAAAGUGCUACUGCCAUAUAUAAACAGAGUGUAUAGUACGUCAGACAUCCUAGUAAGCAGCAAGUCAUGGGAAAUCGUUUUGUAAGGAAAUCCCAAACCACAGAGUGUGGGGAUACUGCUUGCAAAAGGGCAUCCCAGUGACGGAAGGAAACAAGAAAUAAAAACUAAGUGAAGCAUGAGAAGUAAAAUCUUGUGCUGUGAUUCCCAGUGACAUUUAACACGAAGCAAAAUAAACAGUUUUCAUACUGGCAUUUUUUCAGCACUUCCUUCCUUAUUUAUUACAGUGGAUGGAACUGAGAUUCAACACUUUGGCAAAGUGCCCACACUGCAAAAAAAUGUAAGUUUCAACAAGUGCUUUUACUAAUGUUGUUAUUUUGGGGGAUAUAUGUAUUUGAAAUAUAAUCCCUCAGUCAUUGGACAAAACAUUUGUAAAUGCUGAUAAUGAAUGUCAGUGCACCCUUCUCUUGUCAUUUCUAAAUUUCCUUAGUCAAAAACUAUUGAAAAUUAUUACUGAAUUGGAAAUGCUUGGAUACAGAGAGAAACAGUUGCUGAAAGAAAUAUUAAUUUCCUAUUUAGCAUGAAAUGGUAUUUUUAAAACCACAGUUUUGGAGCAAGUAUAUGAAGAGCAAAUAAGUUUUUCUUUGUUGAUAUGAAAAAUAUGCAUGCUACUUUCUUUAGUGCAGCAAUUUAAUUAAACUAGAAACAAUAAUAAAAAGCAAUUUAUUACCUGUUUUGAUUAUUGUUGUGAUGGUCAUUUUGAUAAUGCCUACAGAUUAACCUGAUAGAAGUUCUUACUGGAACACUUCUUGACGAUGAAUAAUAGGCUUAGAACAAUAAACAAAACAAAACAGUAUCAGUAAGAGAACAGCCUUCCUGGAACAGUAGCAAUGACAUCUAAUAGUGCUACUAAAAUGAAUGAAUAGUUUGCACUAUUGUAUCAUUUUUGCAAUUGAAAAGCUCUGAAAGAAAUUUUGCUUAAUUUUCAUGAUGCUACAGAGACUAAAUGGUUGUGUGCACAUUUUAAAAUGAAGCUAUAUUACAACUUUCUAACUAUAAUUCAGAACAGGAAUUGCAUCCAGAUUCCUAUGGUACUUUAGUGACGUGGCAGGCUUGUGGUGGUGUGAAACCUCUUGCCAUACUGACAGAAGAGUGGUGAAACACAGGGUAGGAAAGUAGUGGCCAGACAGCAUGUGAGCCCAGUCCAGGUUGAAAGGGUACAUGGCUGAGCACAAGUGGGUGUGCACACAGGGGUAAGAGAGGGGAGAGCUGAUGGGGUUUUUGGAGUGAAGGGUGACAUGAAAUAACAUGGGAAGAGGACUAAGGCACAGGAAAGACUUGGAAACUCCUUGGUUCAGUUAUAUCUUGUGCGAGGUGAACGCUCUACCUCCUUCCACAUUUUGAAGCCAUUUAAGUGAGGGAGGAACAAAAAUGAGGGAGGAAAAUGAAGUGUAUCAAGACAGUUCUUGAUAACUGGGCUUGCUGCAGAACUUUCUGUACUUGGUAUAGAUACGUAAUUUUAACCACGCUGGAGGUGCAAAAUAGUUCAAAUAUGACAUGUAUAAAGUUUUGUACAUGACGAUAAGCUGUGUGCAGAAAACAAAAACAAAAGUGACCUAUGAAGCUCAUCUAAAUAAAACUACAGAAUUUUCAAAUCACAGUAGCUUUAUUCAUCUUGGUUAAGUAAGGACCAAUGGAAAGCCCUGGGCACCAAGGUAGUAUCCAGGGGACUUCAUCUUUUAGUUUGAAUACUUUGAAAUUACUUAUUGUAGUAAAGCUGCAUAAACCAGGCAAUUAAAAAACAUUCCAGGAACAUUAAAAAAUAAUAAUAAGUCACACGCUAGGCAUAUGAGCCCUUUCUGGGCUUUUAGUGGAGUGUUUGAGCAUUUGAACAAUCACAUGACAGCUUACAGAAUUUUUUUGUAAGCAAUGUUGCUGCUGCUAUGAAUUUAAUUGGGACAUCUGUAGCCUUCCUUGCUCCAGAAUGUGGUGAAACUUUGAAGUCCAGAUUGAGAUUAGACUCUAACAAGAUUAAACUCAUAACUUCCAUCAGGGGAGAUGUAGAACGUAUACCCUUUAAUGAAUCCUUUAUAAAAAGUCAAAACCUUUUUUGGUUUUUUGGUUUUUUAAAUUCUCGCUGUGGCAUACUGUUUGUUUGCAGUUCUUCUGUUGGAUGUGCACUUCCACGAAGACGGUGUUGUGCAUAUAUUACAAUUGGAAUGAUAUUUAUCUUCAUUGGAGUUGGAUUAACUGUGAGUAAUCUAAAUUAAAUCAGUAAUGGUAUCCUGCAGUUGAACACAGCUACUGGUAUUGUUAAGGUAAAGGUAAAGGUACCCCUGCCCAUACAGGCCAGUCGUGUCCGACUCUGGGGUUGCGUGCCCAUCUCGCUUAAGAGGCCGGGGGCCAGCGCUGUCCGAAGACACUUCCGGGUCACGUGGCCAGCGUGACAAGCUGCAUCUGGCGAGCCAGCGCAGCACACGGAAACGCCGUUUACCUUCCUGCUAGUAAGCAGUCCCUAUUUAUCUACUUGCACCCGGGGGUGCUUUCGAACUGCUAGGUUGGCAGGCGCUGGGACCGAGCAACGGGAGCGCACCCCGCCGCGGGGAUUCGAACCGCCAACCUGACGAUCAGCAAGUCCUAGGCGCUGAGGUUUUACCCACAGCGCCACCCGCGUCCCUACUGGUAUUGUAGUGGUGCAAAAAAUUGGGACUCUUUGCUUAUGUGUCCUAAAGGAAUUCAUAAGCUGGUGUGUAUCAAAAUGUAUUUUAUAAGCCUCAUUCCUACAUUUCAUAUUAUCAUGCAUGGCAUCAUAAUGCUGCAAAAUAGUCUUAGAAUAAAAAUGGAAAACUUUUCUGUGUCAUUGGGAAAGGCCCCUAGUGUGACCCAAACUACACACUGCAACAGCUGACUCAUGUUUUUCCCCAGUGGUAUUCCCCAGUCAAAUUUAAAUUGGAUCCGGUGUUGUGGUUUAAAGCAGGGAUGGGUAGCUUUACUGCGUGUCAGCUGAGCAGCUCAACAAAGCCCACUGCCCCUCUGUGUCAGUUCUGCAGCUUGAGGUACUCACCCCGAUUUAAAGUGUCAAAAGGGUAUUGAAGCACUGCUGGGGAAAAGAUAGCAGGGGCAAGGAUUUUGUCUUGUACAUUCCACACACAGCUCAAGGAACAUGUGGUGAUGGUGGAUCUAUGCUCAAAUACCUGGCUUUAUCACCACUGUAUGUAGUUUGGGGCUAUCUCUAUCCUCAGUCUGUCCAGAUGGGUAUCCCUUUCCUUGCCCACAUUGCCAGGAGGGAGAUAUUGAAUAGCUUUCAACAUAUGUAGUCAUUGGAGAUUUAAAAUAACCUUUCUUUUGUUUAGAUAACUUCUGCUGUGAUUUGUGCACACAGAUGCUCAUGCCCUUGGUGAUGUCAAUCUAAACAAAGAAAGUGCAGCCAGUGUGUUGAAUGCAGAAAAAAUGUGGUUCCUGGCUUCCUUAAAUUCUAUUUUGAUCACGAAAAGGAUCAAUAGCUAUAGAGUUACAGUUAUGUCCAUUUUCAUCUUAUUUGUGCCUUGUUGCAUAAAUUCUCCCAUGAUACUUGGAACUGUAGUAGGAACUUGCUGCACUGAUGUAGGCUGGAGUUUUAUACACACUUAACUUAGGAGCAUGUCCGUCUGAACUUAGAAAACAAGCAUAUGCAAGAUUGGACUGCAGAUGUGCAUGGAAGUACUUCUUUACUCCUGGGAAGCUGUGACCUAACUGUGAAAGGGCAACAUCCCCCGAAAGAUUUUAUGGUAACUUUAUAGUGCACUGUUCCCAAAUGAACAAAGUUACAUAUAUAUUGACCCAAGAGGUGAUUCCCCACAUUGUCUACUAUGCAUGCAAAUAUGCUCCCUCGGCCUGAAGUGAGAUGAGUGCCAAAUCCCAUAGUUGCCUUUGACUGGACUCAACAGUCCAGGGGUCCUUUACCUUUUACCUAUAUAUUUUAUGAAUGACAUUUAACCCAUUGAAGACAGCAGCAGGAAUUGCUAUAUUGCAAAGCUCUGUUAAAGGCAAGGCUUUGAGGCAAGAACUGUAGCAGGAAUAGCAGAGUUCCUCAAAAAAGGGAGCUGGAAUAUUAGAUUCUCAUCCCCCCCAACCAAAGUUUUUCUUUUUUAAGAAGAGCGAGUAUAUUCCAAAACAAUAAAUGUAAGUUGUAAAAUAUAGCUUUAAAAUGGUAACUUUUAAUGUCCAAUUUAUUAUUUUAUUUCACAAUUAAAAUACAAAAUUUGUGGUGAUCAGGGUUGCAUUUAUUGUUACACUAAAUAUGAUGGCAAGUACACCUCCAGCAAACUUUUAGAAUUGUUUAUGGUGUAAUUAUUAUGGACAUCUCAGUAAGUUUGACCAAUCAUAUACCCUAUACAGUACUUCCAUUGUUUAGAAUGUAAUUGGUGUUCUGUGUCUGUUGGAAAACAGCAUGUUCUUUUGGGUAAAAACUAAAAAAAAAUUCCUGGUAACUUACUGAGUUACUCUAUGGCAAUAGAUUUCUGAUGUGCUAAUAGGAUAAGGCUAUCUGUGUCCCAAAUAAAUUAACUCAGAACAGACUGCAAUUGCUUCAGAAACCUAUAAGGUUGUGUUAUUUCCCCCCCUUUAAGUAUUAAUUUUAUACCAAUUGUUAAUGCUUCACCUUAAAGAUUUAAAUGAUACUUAUUAAUUGGUGUUCUUUUUAUUUUUAACAGGUUGGUACGCAAGAUUUUGCCAGAAACUUUCAUGCCACUUAUGUUUCUUGGGCUAUUGCUUACCUCUUAGGCUUGGUCUGCCUAAUUCGAGCCUGCUACUGGGGAGCCAUAAAAGUCAGUUAUCCAGAACACAGUUUUGCAUAGACUCCUUAUGCUUUCUUAUAGAAAAUGGAGAUUUCUAGAGGGUCUGAUAAUAUGAACUGAGUAACUUAAAUAUUUUUGCUUUUAAUAUUUCCAUUCUGUUACAGAUAGUUAUAAGGCUGGGGAUCCUUUAAGAACAAAUGUUCAUUGCACUACAUUAUAUGCAAAUAAUUUGUUUUGCUGCUAGAUUCCCAACCUCUGAAUACUAAAGCUUUGUUUACACUAUCAUACAUCUGUCUUAAAAGUACUGUUGAAUUCAAUUCCAACUACAGUAUUCUUUUACUAUAUUAAACAGUCUGUGCCAUUUGAGAUGAGUAUGUAAAAGCAAGGUGUUUGAGUUUCUACAAUUGCUUCACAUUUGUAUGUACACUUACAAACUGUAUCAAAGCAGCCUGCUUUAAAAUUUUAAGCAAUAAGCAUUUUGCUUUAACUGCUUACUGUAACUUCUACUUAAGAACAAAGUGAUCUUACUAAGUGUGCAUCAUUUUGAAGAAUGGAGCUUUUGCUAGGGUGUCACCAUUUGUAAACACAGUAUGCUUUCAAAUUUCCAAGUCAAGGUGUAAUAUUUUGGUAGUCCAUCUUAAGAAAAAUGUUAAUUUAAACACAAUUAAAAUUCAGCUUGGAUAAUUUUUUCUUUCUUUCUUUCAAGGACCCUGGCACUUAAUAUUUUUUAUCUUUUUACAGGCAAAGCCAUGAUUGGAUUAAAGGAACUUAAUUGCUAGCAAUUUGUAUGAGUUCCUUUACAGGGUCUAAGUAAGGGAAGCAUUUGAUAUGACUUGUUUUAUAAAUUUAGAUGAGUAUAGGGUGAUGUUGGGUUACCUCUCAGUUUGCUUGGAUUGUGGUUUAUUUUCCAUAAUAGGAAAAUAAUUUUCCAGUCCAGUCACUGCAAAGGGAAAUAUAGCUUUACACUAACUAAUAGGAAAUGAAAUAGAGUAAACAGUUACUCUGAUCAUUCCAUAGAUGUAUAGCUGGUUAGUAUAACACUGAAAACUAGUUGAACAACUAAAGAUGAUUUUCUUGAGGUCACAAAUAAAUUAUGGGGACCAGUUAUUGCACUGCCCAUCUUUGAAGUUUUACACAAAGUGUUUUUUAAAAUUCUGAAGGAAUACCCUGAGCCCUUUAGAUUACAGUAGUCCUUAGAUAAUGGGAGUUGAGGUUAGAUAAAUGUGAAUGUUCCAGGGUUGUGCAUAAUAUUUUCAAUGAUCUAUAUUCCUGUUUGGGGGCAAAGUGAUGCUUGGGUGAGGAUUUGGAGCACAAUAAAUGUAUCCUUCAAACUGUAAAUGAAAGUCUUUGUAUAAUGUUAAAUGUACAAAAGCAGUAGCUCAGGAUUACCAUGUACCUUUUAAAAUACACUAAUAAAGAUUAUUAUUCAAAGCUA